UGCUGCCUCCUUUGUAUUGGGCUAUUGUUGCCGCACACCCCUCGUUAAUGCACAUGCUGCCCCGGGGCAGGGCCCUGGGAAUGAAAUCAACUUGCUCUUCUUAGAAAGCUCCUAACCUGCCACAGAAUGGGGAGGUUGCUUUACAUCUGCCUGGCCCAGUCAUUGUGAGCUGGCCGCCCUGCCAUUGGCUGCCUCCCUGCCCACUAUAGGCACUGCUUCUCCAUCUGUUCCUGGAGUCAUUGUUCUGCCUGCUGCCUGGAAGCCUGCAGCUCAAACUGUGCUCAGGACUUGCUGCUAGAAAGCUGCUACAGGGACCCAAUGUCUGUCUGCUCCCCUCCUAAAGAAUUCAGGGCCCUUUAUCAAAGCUUCAGAAACAGUAGAACGGUGGAGCCUGAUACAUGUCGCAGCUUCAUGGGACUAAAGGACCACCGGAAGAAUAGCCUUGGCCAUCUUUAUGCGGAGAGCAGUGAAACGCACAUAAGUGGUAUAGUACCGUGGACUAUUUUGCGGAAGCCAACCAUGGAUGAAACAAAUUCAAGGAAAGGUGAUUCUGAUAAAGACACCUCUGGGGAGACGUGCAGCUCAAGUGGGGACUCAGAAGAAAGCACAAAUUCUGAUAACGAAUCUGAUCUAUCAGGUAGACUUGUAGUGGAACCAUGUCGUGUGACUAAGAAGCACAGACAGUUCUGCAGAUCCCCUUGUAUAGAUCCAUAUAUACUAAAGCGCAAUGAGGUUAUUCAAGACCUUAAAACAGAGGAUAAUGUAGCGAGUACUAAAGAAAUAAAGAAACCACCAGAUGUGGUUAAGGAAUACCAAACCAAGCUGGACUUUGCACUUAAACUAGGCUAUUCUGAAGAACAAGUUUUACUUGUCCUCAACAAACUUGGUUCUAAUGCUUUAAUUAAUGACAUUUUGGGGGAGCUCGUCAAACUUGGAAGCAAGAGUGAUAAUGAACAGAGUGGCGGUGGGAAUGGCGCAGUCUUGCGGGAGACAUCUUCGAUCGAGUCUCAGAGACCAGAAUCCCCUUUCCAGCAAGAGCUGAUUGACGAUACUGAAAACCUAAGACCUAUUGUCAUUGAUGGCAGCAAUGUUGCCAUGAGUCAUGGUAAUAAAGAAGUCUUUUCUUGCCGUGGGAUUAAGCUGGCUGUCUCGUGGUUCUUGGAAAGGGGCCAUAAAGAUGUGACGGUGUUCGUCCCUGCAUGGCGGAAGGAGCAGUCCCGACCCGACGCCCUCAUUACAGAUCAGGAAGUCUUAAGGAAAUUAGAAAAGGAAAAGAUCCUGGUCUUCACCCCGUCUCGGCGUGUUCAGGGCAGGAGGGUUGUGUGCUACGAUGACCGCUUUAUAGUGAAACUGGCAUUCGAAUCGGAUGGCAUCAUUGUGUCUAAUGACAAUUACAGGGAUCUGGCAAAUGAAAAGCCUGAGUGGAAGAAGUUCAUUGAUGAGAGGCUGCUGAUGUAUUCCUUUGUUAAUGACAAGUUUAUGCCUCCAGAUGAUCCAUUGGGGCGCCAUGGGCCGAGUCUCGAUAACUUUUUGAGGAAGAAACCUGUAGUCCCCGAAUACAAGAAACAGCCAUGUCCUUAUGGAAAGAAAUGUACAUAUGGGCAUAAGUGCAAAUAUUAUCACCCGGAAAGGGGUAGCCAACCGCAGCGUUCAGUUGCCGAUGAACUCCGUGCCAUGUCUAGAAGCAGCGCAGCCAAAACAGCGAGUGAAGUUGGACUUGUUAAAAGCAACAGCGUCCCUUCCAGUACCAAGAUGGAUACCAACUAUGACUUGAAGCGUUCUACCCCAAAGAGGCAAUCAGACCCAAGUAUAAGGACUCAAGCUUAUGACUUAGAAGACAAGCUUCCUACCAAAAAUAAGUUUGAAAGCAGGUCUGUGCCAUCUUUAGUUAGCAUAUCUACUAAUAAACCCCAAAGCACACCACAAACACCGCUGAGCAAUGGAAUUCUAUCAGCUGGGCAUUUAUCAUCUCAGGAGAAAGCAUUGCCUGCCCUCUAUUCUCCAGGGCUUAUGUCAACAAAAAAUCCCUCUGCCAUGUCGUGUGACCAGUACCCCCAAUGUGAUUCGCCGGUGGAUGCAGGCUAUUACUCCAUGAUGAAUGCUUAUUCCAAUCUUAGUAUUUCUGGAGCUCGAAGUCCUGAACGGCGUUUCUCAUUGGACACGGAUUACAGAAUCAGCUCAGUGGCUUCUGACUGCAGCAGUGAAGGAAGCUUGAGCUGUGGUAGCAGCGAUUCAUAUGUCGGCUACAAUGACCGCUCCCACGUCAGCUCUCCGGACCCACAACUGGAUGAAAACAUAAAGUGUCAGCACAUGCACCCCCACACUCGCUCAGGUUUGCAGACAUAUAUGUCCUGCUACCAUGAGCCUUUAACGAGAGUCCAAAGUUUUGGUCAUGAGCAGGAACAAAAGCAUCACCACAAGCCACAGUCUCCAUACAUGUCAGGACCCCCUCAACACCUUACCGUUGCAGCUCGUUCAAGCUGCCCAAAUGAUUACCGUAUUUCCCAGAAUUCCCCUGUUUCCAGGAAUGGGAUUAUGGGUAGAUCUUUGGUCUCCACAAGAAUGGAAAGUAUCUCGGAUUCUCGUUUGUAUGAAAGUCCUCCACCACGACAUCAUAAGCCAUAUUUAAGCCAAGAAGCCACCAGGAGUUGGGAGAGGCCUUAUGGCAUGGAUUCAUAUGGUUAUUGCCAGAAUUAUUCUGUCUCUAGCAACCCUUCCCAACCGUGUUAUGAUCAAUUUGCUUUUCAAAGCCCACCGGACCACCAGGAUAAUAGUUGGCGGAUACCGUACUGUGGUCUACCACAAGAACCUCCAAGAUAUCCUCUGGGUACUAGAGAGAAAGUUUUUCUAAACCUAUGCAACAUCUUUCCUGCAGAACUUGUUCAGCUUGUUAUGAAAAGGAAUCCACACGUGACGGAUGCUCAGCAACUCGCAGCAGCCAUUUUGGUGGAGAAAUCCCAGUAUGGAUAUUGAAAAAAAAAAAAAAAUUUGAUACACCUUUUGAGGUGUGAAGUACAUUUCUUUUGUUCAGCUCAUGCUGAAGGACGUUUGCUACAAUAGCAUCUUUAAUCUCCUUCUCGGGGGGUUUAUAUAAAUAUAUGUGUUACCAACGUAUGUUAAUACUGAGCCAUGCACCUCUCAUGUCCAAAACCAUGUAGCGAUCUUUGCAGUGCUAAAGAGUAGCACGGGGUGCUCCAAAUCAGUUACAGCACAGGGUUGUUCUACAUUCGCAUUAGAAUCAAAGAUAUGUUGUUUUUUUGUUUUGCUUUUAACUAUAAUUGUGUUUCUUCGGCCUUCAUUGUUCAAAUGUAUGGCUGGAGUCAAGUUAAUUUAAUUUUAUAAGCAUAUUUAUUUAUUAUUUUGGAUGUUUGGUGCAUCAGGGGUUUUCAGCGAAGCACUUUUAUAAUCUUCUCUUACUGUGAUAUGCCAGUGGUUCGUCUUUAUUUAUGGCAACCAAAUGAUUCCAUGAAAAACCCUUUGUAACCAUUAGGGUUGCCACCUUCUGGCAGCGGGGACUCCGGGUAGGGGGGUGGUGGCGUCAGGGGGUGGCACAACCAUGUCACAGGGGCAGAACGGGUGAUGUUGGGGCUGGA